CCAAUCAGCGGUCACGCGUCAGCGCGUCGCAGGAUUUGUCCUUCGGGUCUACGCUGCGCUCGUCAAACAUGGCCGCGGUGGAGUUUGGAGACAGCGAGCUGUUCGAGCAGUUCGGGGAGAACGCGUCGGAGCGCGGGCUGCGGGAGACAGUAGAAGCGUGCGGAGAAACAGCCGCGCGUCUGAAGGCGGAGAAUGAGGAGCUGAAGAGAAAGUUGAACAUAUUAAGUCGUCCUGCGGGGAUAAAAAUAGAAGAUUCCAAAAUCGAUGGGCCACUUUGUCAAAUUAAUUAUGGAAACAACAUCAUUUCCAGGCAGUGUCGGAAAGAAAUGGAGGACUUCAUCUGCGGUCUUGUCCAGAAGAGGCUACAAGAGUGUAGAAAUGAUCCGGAAGGCUCUGCUCUUCAUGUCAAGCCACAUCAUUCAGGUUUCGUUAUGGAGGAGAGCUACAAAGCAAAGACGUCCAGUGACUCCAAGCACAUGAAGAAUGCUUUCAGUGUGCUAGGGAGUGUCUUGUACUUCACCAGCUUCUGUGUUGAUAAACUUGGCCAGCCGCUGCUGAAUGAAAACCCGCAGCAGACUGACGGAUGGGAGGUUCCCAAAUAUCAGCAGAUCUUCAGCCAGAUCAUCGCCCUCGAGGGCCAAGAGGUGCAGAUAAAGGAGAAAAGGCCGAGACCGUGCUGUUUCAACUGCUGCUCUGAGGAUCAUCAGCUGCGAGACUGUCCAGAGCCCAAAGAUAUGGCUCGUAUCAAUGAAAAGAGGAAGGAGUUUUCGCAGAACAGCAAUCAGAGCAACCAGCGCUACCAUGCAGAAGAGGUCGAAGAGCGCUUUGCAAAGUACAAGCCAGGAAUACUGAGGUCAGACUACAGGUCUUUCGGCUCUAUUCCAAUGCAGCCUCAGCAGUGGAAGCAAAAUUUUGCUGCUUUUUUAAGCAGUAACUUUCCAACGCAGGGCUCCAGCUGCAGUAAGAGGCGUCAUGAGUCUGAAUCCACGGCCCAGAAGACAAAGAAACAGAGAUCAAAUUCAGAGAACCUCGAAUCAGAUAUGGAGAUAGAGUCAGAACACGACAUGUGUCCGGUUAGAUCCGAUGGUUUCCAGUUCCACCCUCCGCUCCCUCCUGGCUCUGCGUCCUCAUCCGCUGCUCCACCUCUCCCGCCGGGAACGCCUCCGUCCACUCCGCCCAUCCCUAAGGGAACUCCACCACCGACUCCACCUACUAACGAUUCCCCGGCCAAUCAGGCGAGAGGGUUGACUGAGGGGGAGGAGUCUGAGGACGGGCUGACUCUGGAGGAACUGGAGGAGCAGCAGAGGCUUCUCUGGGCAGCCCUUGAGAAGGCAGAUACCACGACCAACAGUGAUUCUGAGACCCCCGUCCCGAGUUCCCCUAGUGUGGUCACUUCACUUAAACUCGACUCGGAGGAAGACGGAGAAAAGACGGAGGACUCGAGUCAAGCGUAUGAAAUCAAGAGCACGCCAUCUUCACCUAAUGUUUGUGAGGAGGAGAGGAUAGAUGAAACCGCCAUCGAUUUGCAAGCAGGGAUGAGUGACGACAUUGUCCUGGAUGAAAUUUACGAGGAAAGCCGUAAUCAUGAUGCAACAAAUGGAGCUUCAGACACUCCUCAGAUAAACACGGAGGAGCCUGCCGUAAAUAAAGUAGCUUUCGUCCCACACCGGAGCAGGUUCGCUGCGGGUAUUAUUCCUUUCGAGGACACGCCUGAGUUUACGGAGGUGGCUGAAGCAACGGGGGUUUACCUCAAGAUUCGAGAUUUACUAAAAGGCUCCCCGAGAAGUCAGGCCCGAAGCAAGAAAUAAUGGAAGUCGUGUGUUUUUACUGCGCACCUGUGGACAACGAGCAAUGUGUUUUUCUCUCUAAUCACAGUCCUUUUGUAUGUAGUUUUACUUUGGUGCUUUGUAUCUUUUUACAGCUAUCGUGUGAUUUUUUUAAAAACACAAAAAGGUUUCAUUUGGUUUGUACCUGAUUAUUAACUGACUGUGGAUACUUGAUCUCUGUGUAGGGAAUGUUUUUUAUUAUUAUUAUAAUUAUUCUGUUUUCUGUAAUUACAGUCGUUACCGCUACAUCUCAUUUGCAUGCCCUCCAUCUGUGUAUUUUAUUGUGAAUAUCUUUCAGAAU